AUGAGGAUCCACACUGGAGAGAAGCCCUACAGCUGUGACCUCUGUGGUAAAACCUUUAGCUGGGCUGGCAAUCUCAGAGUUCACUGCAGGAUCCACACUGGAGAGAAGCCCUACAGCUGUGACCUCUGUGGUAAAACCUUUAGCCAGGCUGGCAGCUUAAGAAAUCACCACAGGAUCCACAAUGGAGAGAAGCCCUACAGCUGUGACCUCUGUGGUAAAACUAGCAGUUACACAGAUCACCGCAGGAUCCAUACUGGAGAGAAGCCCUACAGCUGUGACCUCUGUGGUAAAACCUUUAGCUGGGCUGGCAAUCUCAGAGUUCACUGCAGGAUCCACACUGGAGAGAAGCCCUACAGCUGUGACCUCUGUGGUAAAACCUUUAGCCAGGCUGGCAGCUUAAGAAAUCACCACAGGAUCCACAAUGGAGAGAAGCCCUACAGCUGUGACCUCUGUGGUAAAACCUUUAGCCAAACUAGCAGUUACAUAGAUCACCGCAGGAUCCACACUGGAGAGAAGCCCUACAGCUGUGAAGUCUGUGGUAAAACCUUUCGCAAGGCUUGCGGUGUCACAGUUCACAGCAGGAUCCACACUGGAGAGAAGCCCUACAGCUGUGACCUCUGUGGUAAAACCUUUAGCCAGGCUGGCAAUCUCAGAGCUCACUGCAGGAUCCACACUGGAGAGAAGCCCUACAUCUGUGAAGUCUGUGGUAAAACCUUUCGCAAGGCUUGCAGUGUCACAGUUCACAGCAGGAUCCACACUGGAGAGAAGCCCUACAGCUGUGAAGUCUGUGGUAAAACCUUUAGCCAGGCUGGCAAUCUCAGAGCUCACUGCAGGAGCCACACUGGAGAGAAGCCCUACAGCUGUGACCUCUGUGGUAAAACCUUUAGAAUGAAUCUGGUAUUAACAGCUCACCACAGAAUCCACACAGGAGAGAAGCCCUACAACUGUGACCUCUGUGGUAAAAGCUUUAGCCAGGCUGGCAAUCUCAGAAGGCACAUGAUGAUCCACACAGGAGAGAAGCCCUACAGCUGUGACCUCUGUGAUGAAACCUUUAAACACACUAGGGAAUUGACAGCUCACCGCAGAAUCCACACAGGAGAGAAGCCCUUCAUCUGUGACCUCUGUGGUAAAACCUUUAGCCGUGCUAGCAGUUUCACAGCUCACAGCAGGAUCCACACUGGAGAGAAGCCCUACAGAUGUGAAGUCUGUGGUAAAACCUUUAGCAAGGCUUGCAUUGUCACAGUUCAUAGCAGGAUCCAUACGGGAGAGAAGCCUUACAGCUGUAACCUCUGUGGUAAAACCUUUAGACAUGCUAACAGUUUCAGAUUUCACUACAGGAUCCACACUGGAGAGAAGCCCUACAGCUGUGACCUCUGUGGUAAAACCUUUAGCCGUGCUAGCAAUUACACAGAUCACUGCAGGAUCCACACUGGAGAGAAGCCCUACAGCUGUGACCUCUGUGGUAAAACCUUUAGACAGGCUGCCCAUUUCACAGCUCACCGCAGGAUCCACACUGGAGAGAAGCCCUACAGCUGUGAUAUCUGUGGUAAAACCUUUAGCCGUGCUAGCAGUUACACAGAUCACCACAAGAUCCACACUGGAGAGAAGUCCUACAGCUGUGACCUAUGUGGUAAAACCUUUGGCCGUGCUAGCAGUUACACAGAUCACCGCAGAAUCCACACUGGAGAGAAGCCCUUCAGCUGUGACCUUUGUGGUAAAACUUUCAGUCAGGCUGGCCAUUUCAGAGUUCAUAGCAGGAUCCACACUGGAGAGAAGCCCUACAGCUGUGAUUUCUGUGGUAAAACCUUUAGCCGUGCUAGUAGUUACACAGAUCACCGCAGAAUCCACACUGGAGAGAAGCCGUACAGCUGUGACCUCUGUGACAAAAUCUUUAGACUGACUGGGGAUUUGACGGCUCACCGCAGAAUCCACACUGGAGAGAAGCCGUACAGCUGUGACCUCUGUGGUAAAACCUUUAGCCAUGCUAGCAGUUACACAGAUCACCGCAGGAUCCAUACUGGAGAGAAGCCCUACAGCUGUGACCUCUGUGGUAAAACCUUUAGCUGGGCUGGCAAUCUCAGAGUUCACUGCAGGAUCCACACUGGAGAGAAGCCCUACAGCUGUGACCUCUGUGGUAAAACCUUUAGCCAGGCUGGCAGCUUAAGAAAUCACCACAGGAUCCACAAUGGAGAGAAGCCCUACAGCUGUGACCUCUGUGGUAAAACCUUUAGCCAUGCUGGCAGCUUAAGAGAUCACCACAGGAUCCACAAUGGAGAGAAGCCCUACAGCUGUGACCUCUGUGGUAAAACCUUUAGCCAAACUAGCAGUUACAUAGCUCACCGCAGGAUCCACACUGGAGAGAAGCCCUACAUCUGUGAAGUCUGUGGUAAAACCUUUCGCAAGGCUUGCGGUGUCACAGUUCACAGCAGGAUCCACACUGGAGAGAAGCCCUACAGCUGUGACCUCUGUGGUAAAACCUUUAGCCAGGCUGGCAAUCUCAGAGCUCACUGCAGGAGCCACACUGGAGAGAAGCCCUACAGCUGUGACACAUGUGGGAAGAGCCUUUCCUCAUCCAGUAGCCUCAAGAGGCACAUGAUGAUCCACACUGGAGAGAAGCCCUACAGCUGUGACCUCUGUGGUAAAACCUUUAGCCGUGCUAGCAAUUACACAGAUCACUGCAGGAUCCACACUGGAGAGAAGCCCUACAGCUGUGACCUCUGUGGUAAAACCUUUAGACAGGCUGCCCAUUUCACAGCUCACCGCAGGAUCCACACUGGAGAGAAGCCCUACAGCUGUGAUAUCUGUGGUAAAACCUUUAGCCGUGCUAGCAGUUACACAGAUCACCACAAGAUCCACACUGGAGAGAAGUCCUACAGCUGUGACCUCUGUGGUAAAACCUUUGGCCGUGCUAGCAGUUACACAGAUCACCGCAGAAUCCACACUGGAGAGAAGCCCUUCAGCUGUGACCUUUGUGGUAAAACUUUCAGUCAGGCUGGCCAUUUCAGAGUUCAUAGCAGGAUCCACACUGGAGAGAAGCCCUACAGCUGUGAUUUCUGUGGUAAAACCUUUAGCCGUGCUAGCACUUACACAGAUCACCGCAGGAUCCACACUGGAGAGAAGCCCUACAGCUGUGACCUCUGUGGUAAAACCUUUGGACGUGCUAGUAGUUACACAGAUCACCGCAGAAUCCACACUGGAGAGAAGCCGUACAGCUGUGACCUCUGUGACAAAAUCUUUAGACUGACUGGGGAUUUGACGGCUCACCGCAGAAUCCACACUGGAGAGAAGCCGUACAGCUGUGACCUCUGUGGUAAAACCUUUAGGCGUGCUAGCAAUUGCACAGCUCACCGCAGGACCCACACAGGAGAGAAGAUCUAG